UCUUCUUGACAAACACAUUAGUCUCAUUGAUUGUGUUGUUACUCAAUCACCAAAAUCACAAAAUAAUGGCUUAAUGAGGCCAUUUUCCUUACAUCAUUUGUCUUGAACAUCACUUUUAUUAUCCCAUACAUUUGGUAACUAGACACAAUAACUAUAUUUUGAUAGAAAAAUAUGGUCAAAGUUGCACAAGAAUAAAAGAGUUAAAAAUCACAUAUAUUUCUACUAAAGAAUAUAAUUAUUGGGGUGUCUAAUGGUACAUUUUUUAUUGUUCUUGUGUGAAAUUUUCACUGUUCUUAUUAUGCAUUUUAAUUUAAUUCAUCGAGUAGUAAAUUUCAAUUGCUUUGACAAUAUAUUUAAAUUAUUUUAGCAUGUAUUCCAAUUGUUCCUCUAGAUCUUUAAAAGUCCCAUGUAAUGUUUUACUUUGAAUUGUUUCCGAUAUAUGAUUCAUUAAAUUUCUCUUGUGUUAUAUUUAGAAGAAAAAUUUAGAAGGAACAACACUGGGACCCAUUUAUGCAAAUGCAAAGGCCCAAUGGAUCACUAACCAGCAUGGUUUGAAUUGUAAGACCCCAUGGUGGACGGCCUACUAUGUGAGAGGGACUAAAAGGCAUCUCAGAUGUAAAGUUAGAGGGUAUUAUCUCAUCCUACAUCGGGUGUGCUUGCUCAUCAGUGUGGCCUCACACUAUUUGAUGGCUAUUUCGUUUUGUUUUUCGUCAGAGAAACCGGUUCCGUGUGAGAAGUGUGGCGGUGGGUGGCAGCCAGUAGGAACCGCCUAGACGGAGGCUCCCUCAACGAGGAAUAUGUGCCUAGCCACCGAAUUCCGUCAACAUUCAUCCCCUAGAUCUUGUUAUCCUCAACUUACUUGUGUGGUUUGCCUAUCCGCUUUCCAUUGCCCCCAUCGAUCAUUGCUUCACCGUGUUGUCUAAUGACUACUUCUCUUUGUAUUUACGUCAAAGAAACCAAUUCCGUGUAAAAGGUGUGCCAGUUUGUGGCAUCUAGCAGGCACCACCUAGGUGAAGGCUCCCACAACAAGCAACAACUGAAUCCUGUCCAUAUUCAUCCCUCCAUCGUUAUAUAUCUUCAACUUCCCUAUGUGCCUCGCAUAUCCACUUCCAUUGCCCCCAUCAAAAAUUGCCCUCGCUCACCAAGCCACCAUCUUUAGUGGCUCCCCCAACAUCAUUGUUAGCCACCACACCAUCUGGUGGACUUAUCGCCACCCCCUCCUCCCACUCUCAAAUUACAUAUAUUGCUUGCCUCUUCGGUAAAGCUCCUUCACUACCAACCCUUUGGAUCCAACACACCUUCACUGUCUCCACCUCAUCGUCCCGCCGAUCGCAUUCACUCUCCACCACUAUCAGAUUGAAGACCUCUUAGGAAUUCCUGUAACCCCGGUAAGCCACCAAAUCCCCAACUUCUUUGUGAAUAUUGAACCCCUAGAUCCAAUCUUGAACCCUAAGGACACUAAAGAUCUACUCAUCGCCAACCAUGAUUGCCCAUCAACUGAAAUAGGAGAGAGAAAUAAGUUGAUCAAGAACGCCUAAUACAAUGUCGGACACCACAUCAAGGAUGUCUUCGCAGCAGCACGGUUGUAUCACAAGCAACGGGAGCGCCGCGUCGACAUGCCCAGGGCACCCGGAGGUGCCUAGCGAGGUGGCGCGACACCAUGAGCAUGUGGUGGCUGCGGGGCAAUGCUGCUCGGUCGUGGUGCGAACCAUGGAAGCGUCGGUGGACGCGGUGUGGUCGUUGGUGCGGCGCUUCGACGACCCGCAAGGGUACAAAGGCUACAUCGCGAGCUGCGACAUCGUGGAGGGUGAUGGUGCCACGGUGGGAUCGGUGCGGGAGCUGACCCUCAUAUCCGGAAUGCCUGGCAGGAGUAGCCGCGAGCGGCUUGAGAUCUUGGACGACGAGCAGCGGGUGAUCAGCUUCCGCAUCCUAGGCGGCGAGCACCGUUUCUUCAACUAUCGCUCUGUUACUACCGUGCACGAGGCGAUGUCGCCGGAUGGGCCGGUCACCAUGGUGGUUGAGUCCUACGCGAUGGACGUGAUGGCGGGGAACACGGCCGAAGAGACUUGCUAUAUCGCAGACACUUUCAUUGGAUUCAACCAUCUGAACCUGGCCCAUCGGGCAUGAUGCAUUAGUGUCAUUACUAUUUUCCUUGCCAGCCGGGCUGCCGCACACUCCACAGCUGGGCUGCUAUGUUUUUAGGGGGCGUGUAGGAUUAUGUGUGUAAUGUAUACUUUUGCAAAAGAAACAAAAAAAUGUAUUUUAUUCUAAGAAAAACAAAAAAUAAAGUAA